CGUUCCAUUUCUGAGGGGAUAUGCACGUAGUUUGGUGUAAUUUGAGUUCUCAGUUUUUGUGUGGGUUCUUUUUAAACUGCUCACAGCGACAAUGUGUGUACAGGAGCCGUUAUCGUUCAACACUUCAAGAUCUCGACCUUGUGGAUGCACGCAGGGGUGUGACCAUGUUUGAGAAUGUUGAAAACUGUCUCAUUGAUAACAUGAAUUUCUUCAAGUGUUCUGAAUGUGGGGAGAGAUCAGAUGAUUUUGGUCAUGGUGGAGCUCACGUGAAAUCACAAGAAAUGGGUAUGAGUUUCUUGGAGAGAGAAACUUCAGACGAAGGUGCACCGAUUGUUGCAUCUUCACCAAAUAGUGAGAUAUCUGGUAUUUACCGUCCCAUCGCUCUGCGGAUAGAAUGCAAAUUGGGUGGCUGGGCUUCUUCUGAUGGUUCCGGGGGGCCAAUCGUAUUGAUAAAUUGAAAUUAUGAUUGAAGGGAGAGGCCACAGAAUGUUAUGCACGGUACAGCUUGUAAGGAGUUCACUUUUGAAGGGUUAACGGGCGAUAUGGUUCUAUGUGUAUUUGGUGAUAAAAGGAGAAGUCUCUUCUGCGUUUUCCAUCGUUUCCUCUGUGUUUCAAGCAUAGCUUAGAGUAAUCAACUUUUAAUUCAGACAUCGUAGAAGAAGGUUAGUUUGUUGGUGGAGAGUCGCAGAACAU